AUGGCUAGUGACUACAGACCUAUUAGUCUAUGUAAUGUAGUUUACAAGAUUAUGUCUAAAGUGUUGGCUAAUAGGCUAAAGAAAUUGCUGAAUAAUGUAGUCUCACCAAACCAAAGUGCUUUCAUAUUAGGGAGGUUAAUAACAAAUAAUAUAAUGGUAGCUUACGAGGUGCUCCAUUCUAUGAAAGCAAGGAAAAAAGGAAAAGUGGAGAGUAUGGCCAUAAAGCUGGACAUGUCCAAAGCUUAUGACAGAAUUGAGUGGGUUUAUUUGGAAGUUGUGAUGGGAAAAUUGAGAUUUUGUAGAAAGUGGAUUGACUUAAUCAUGAGAAGCGUCUCAAUUUUAGUAUUGAAUCAGUCAGACAGAAAUGGUUGCACGAGAGGAGUAACUUUGGCCAGAAAUGGAACUAGAGUGAACCAUUUGCUUUUUGCAGACGAUUGCAUUCUGUUUGGAAGAGCUAAAGCAGAAGAAUGGGGGAAAAUUCAAGAGUUGCUUCUAAAAUACGAAAAGGCUUCAGGCCAAUUCCUAAAUAAGGAAAAGACAGCAGUGUUUUUCAAUACAAAUUCAAGAACAGAAGAGAAAAAGAAGAUAAUGGAGCUAGGUGGAAAUGUAAUGAGAGGGAGCUAUGAGAAGUACUUGGGGUUGCCACCAGUGGUUGGGAAACCGAAUUGGGAAAAACUUGGAAGACCAAAGGGGAGAGGAGGUUUAGGCUUCCGAGACUUAGAGAGUUUCAAUUUGGCACUGCUAGCCAAACAAGCAUGGAGGUUCCUACAGAAUCCAAGGAGCAUGGUGGCAAAAAUUUUCAAGGAAAAGUACUAUAGAUCAGGUUCCUUACUUGAGACUAAAUUAGGCCACAGACCUUCAUAUAUUUGGAGAAAUGUAUGGGGAGCACUGAAGUUGCUGAAGGAAGGACUAAGGUGGAGGGUUGGAAAUGGCAAGAGCAUAAAGAUAUGGGAACAUAAGUGGCUACCAACACCAUCAUCACACUGUGUUCAAGCUCCCAUUUCUGUUAUGAAUGCAAGAGCAAGAGUCAGUGAACUGAUUUCUAAUGGUGAAUGGGAUGUACAGUUGAUUAAAAAUAUUUUCAGACAAGAAGAGGUGGAGCAGAUUUGCAGUAUCCCAAUAAGUAAGUCGAAUGCUGAGGAUAGAUUGAUAUGGGGGUGCACAACAACUAGCCUUUUCUCUAUUAGGAGUGCUUAUCAACUGGACAUGAGCAGAAACGAAGCUGUAAAGGGUGAAAACUCAGAGAGAAGAGAAGAGGAUAAGAGAUGGCAAAGUAUAUGGGACUUGAACAUUCAAGGAAAAGUCAAGUUAUUCAUGUGGAGAGCAGUGAAGGAUUUACUAGCAACAAGGAGCAACCUGGUCAUGAGAAGGAUAAUUGACAAUUCAAAGUGUCCCAAUUGUAAGGUAGAAGAGGAAACAGUAAGUCAUACACUCUGGUCAUGUCCAGCAGCAGCUGAUGUUUGGGCUGAGUCCUUAAAGGUGACACAAAAAUGGAAAUCUAAGGAAACUGAUCUGGAUGAGGAAGGGGAGAUUUUGGUAGCUGCUGGAGAACAGAUGAAUUAUAUGAUAGAUGCUGCAAUUGUUGAGAGUUUUGCUUUAAGGAAGGCUAUGGAAGUGUGCCAUGAUCUUAAUUUUAACAAUGUCUGGUUCGAAGGUGAUGCACAAAACAUAGAGAAUGCUGUCAAUGCAGAGACAAAGGACAUGUCCAGGUAUGGUAGCGUCAUUGAAGACGUGAAGAAUAUGUUAAAGGGCAGAGAAAAGUGGAGUGUGAGUUUUGUGUUCAGAGAGGCAAAUGAGGCUACACAUGUAUUAGCUAAAGAGGCAUUAUUUUUUCAAUCAAAGAUUGUUUGGAUAGAGGAUGCUCCAGAUUGUAUAAGGAGUAUCAUAGUCAAAGAGAAGUCUUGUAGUGAGAAUAUAGUUCAAUGA